UAAAUGGAAAAUCAAUCAUAUGUUGAUAGCUCCACUUCUGAACAGCCGGGAACUGUACUCACUGCAAAAGUGUAAACAUUAUUACAAUGCAGUGGUUGUUCGUACACUUUUUUUCAAUCAGCCUUUUUGUAGCCAUUUUUGCAUCAAUUGAUUCGGGCAAGCGAGUACCAAAGAAUCCAAUCUGUCUCCUUCCGAAAAAAGUUGGCAUUUGCAAUGCUGAUAUCGAUCGUGUAUUUUAUAAUUCAACCUCAGGAUUGUGCGAAGUCUUCAGCUGGAGUGGAUGUGAAAAAAAUGACAAUAACUUUAGGCUAUUAUAUGACUGCAUUGUUGCAUGUAUACUUUAACAAAGAAAUUUGAAGUGUUAAAUGGAA